AUGCAGGCCGAAGCGCUAAUCGACACGCUGGCUGACAUGCAAGAACAGGUGGAGGCUAAAACAGUUGGCGACACACUAGGUGAUGUGGAGGCCGAGGCACUCGUUUGACUCACACGAGUGUGGAGGCUGUGACGAAUAUUGUGACUGUGACAAGGUUUCUGACCCUGACGAGUGUUGUGAAUGUUGUGAGGGUGGUGACUGUCAUGGGUGCUGUGAAUUUGACGAGUUUAGCAACUUUAACCAGUGCAUGCCGAGACACUUGGGCCACACUUUACGCUAUGUGAAGGCCGAAGGUCGACACCCUUGUUGACACGCUAACAGAGCUGGAGGCCGAGACAGUGCCACAAACUAGACGAUGUUGAGGGCGAGGCACUGGUCAACACACUGAGCAAUGUGGAGACCAAGGCACUAGUCGACACGCUUCCUGGCACGCUUGCAGGGGUAGAGGCGAAGAUACUUGGCGACGCACUGAUCGAAGUGUAGGCCAAGGUAUUCGUCGACACACUACCAGAGGCGGAGGCCCAGAUACCUGGUGACACAACGAGUGAUGUUGAGGCCAAAAGAUCUAUUCGACACUCUGGCAGACACGCUAAGAGAGACGGAGGCCGACACACUAGGGCACACACUUUGAAAACUGGAAGCCGAGGCACUGGUCGACACGCUGGCUGACAAGCUAGCAGAUGCGUAAGCCGAGACACUUGGCGACACAUUUGGCGAUGCGGAGGCCGAGGCUGUGGUCAACUCCCUGGCUGACAAGUUUGCAGAGGCGGAGGCCAAGACACUUGUCGACAUACUGAUCGAUAUGGCUUCAAAGGCAGUGCUCGACACGCUGGCUGCCUCGCUACUAGAAGCGAAGGCUGUGACACUUCCCCAUUGGAGGGGGUGGAGAGGGAGACGCACUUGUUAACACCUUGGCUGGCACAGUAGGAGAGGCGAGAACCGAGACAACUGGCACUGGGCGAUGUGGGGGCUGACGCAGUGGAGACACGAUGGCCGACUCGCUAUCGAGGCGAAGUCGGAGACACUUAACGGCAUAAGAGGUGAUCAGGAGGCCGAGGCACUGGUCGACACUUUAGCAGAACCUAACAGAGUCGGAGGACGAGACACUUUGCCACACACUGGGCGACGUGUAAUCUGAGGCACUGACCCACACGCCUUCUGACGCUCAAAGAGAGGGGAGAGGACGAUACCCUCUUCAAGACAUUGCUCCAUCUGGAGGCCCUGGUCGACAGGUUAGAUGACACGCUAGAAAAUGCAGAGGCCGAGAAACUUGGCCACACACUAGGCGAUGUAGAGAUCGACGCACUAAUCGACACAAUGGCUGACACGCUAUUGGAGGUGAAGACACUUCUCGAAACACUAGGCGGUGUGGAGGCAAGGAACUUCUCUAUAAUUUGGCUAACACAGUAGAUUAGACGGAGGGCGGGAAACGUUUUUAGACACUGGUUGUUGUGUAGACCGAGGAACUGUUCGACACGUUGGCCGACAAGCUAGCAGAGGCGAGGGGCGACACACUUAGUGACACACUGGGCGAAUUCGAGAUUCUGGCACUGGUCGACACCCUGAAUGAUACACUGUGGUCGAUGUUGAGGCCGAGGCACUGGUCGACAUCAUCGUCGACACUCUUAGCGGAAGCCGAGGCCUAGACACUUGGCGAAACACUGAACCAUGUCGAGGCCGAGGAACAGGUGGACACCUUGGCUCACACUCCAGGAUAGGCGGGGACCCAGGCACUUGACGAAACACUGGUCGAUGUGGAGGCCAAGGAAUUGGUCGUGACGCUAGCUGACAAUCUAACAGAGGCAGAGCUUGAGACUCCUGGCGAAACACAGGGCGAAGUAGAGGAAAAGGCACUCGUAGACACGGAGGCGGAGGCGAAAUCCAAGGCACUUUAGGACAUACUGGGCGCACGCCCAGGUUAACACGUUAAAUGGCACAACAAUGUGGAGUUCGAGCCACUGGUCAAGACGCUGCCUGAUACCCUGGCAGAUGCAGGACCCAACACACUUGGCGGCACAUUAGGCGAUGUGGAGGCCAAGGUUGUAGUCGACACGCUGAUUAACGCGCAACCAGUGGUGAAGGCCGAGACACUUGGCAACACACCAGGAGAUAUAAAGGCCGAAACACUAGUGGGACGCUCUCUGAGAUCCUACAGUAGGCGAAAACCCAGGCACUUGGCAUGACACUGUACGAUGUAGAGACCAAGGCAUUUGUUGACACGCGAGCUAAAAAUCUACCAGAAAUGAAGGUCAAGACAAAUCCCGACACACUGGGCGAUGUGAAAACCGACGAACUAAUAGACCCUGGUAGACGCUCAAGCAGAGACGGAAGCUAAGACACUUGGCGCCACACUGGGCGGUGUGGAGGCCAAGGCACUUGUCGCCACUUUGGCUGACACAGUAGCAGAGGCAGAGGCGAAUAAAAUUUGCGAUACUCUGGGCGAUGUGAUGGCCGAGGCAGUAAUCUAUAUGAUGGCUGACACGCUACCAGAAGACAUGAAAAAGACAUUUGGCCACACACUGGUUUAUAUGAAAGCCGAGCAACGGAUCGACGCUCUCCGAAACUCUAGAAUAGGCGUAGACCCAAGCACUUAGCAGUACAGUGUGCGAUGUAGAGACCAAUGCAUUGGUGGACACGCGAGCUGAAAAUCUUUCACAAGCAAAGGCCAAGACAAAUCACGAAAGACUGGGCGAUUUGAAAGCCGACGCACUAAUGAACACGCUGGUAGACGCUCUAGCAGAGGCGGAAGCCAAGGCACUUGGCGCCACACUGGGCGAUGUGCAGGCCAGGACACAAGUCAACACCCUAGCAGAGAAAAACGGCGGGACACUUGACGUCACAGUAGGCGAUGUGGAGGACCAGGCACUGGCCAAUAACUUGGCGGAUACUCUAGCAUAGUAGGAGACCAAUGCACUUGGCAACACACUGGGUGAUUUGGAGGCCAAAGCACUACAGGCGAAGGCCGGGACACACUGCGACACACUGGGCGAUGUGAAAGCCGAGGCCCUAAGCGACCCACUAGCUACCACGCUAGCAGAAGCAGAGGCUGAGAAAAUUGGGGUCAGAGUGGUCAAUUUGGAGGCCACGCCCUUGAUCGACAUGCUGGUCCUGACAUGCUAACAGAAGCACUGGCUGAGAAACUUGGAGACACACUGGGUGAUGUGGAGGACUAGGCACUAAACGAUCCGCUGGUUGACACGGAGGCACAGGCGGAGAGACACUAAGUAGUGAGGAGACCGAGACAUUGCUCAACUCGCUGGCUGAAACGCGAGCAAAGGCAAGGGCUACGACACUUGGCGACACACUGGUUGAUGAGGAGACCAAAGACACUUAGGAACACACUAGGCGAUGUGGAGGCCCAGGCAGUAAACUAAACACUGCCAUAUAAGCUAGAAGAAACAAAGGCAGGGACAGUUGAAAACACUGGGCGAUGUGGAGGCCAAGGUACUGGUCGACACUUUGGUUUACGCAGUAGCUAAUGCAGGGGAGGGGACACUUAUCGACACACUAAGCCAUGCAGAGGAUAAGGCACUAAUCGACACGAUGGGUGACACGCUAGCAGAGAGGGAACCGGAUAAAGUGGGCGACAAAUUGGUCGAUAAAGAGGCCAAGGCACUAUUUGACACGUUAGCUGACAUAGUAGAAGAGGCGGAGGGAAAAACACUUGGCGACACACUAAGCGAUGUAGAAGCCGAGCCAUUGUUCGAGAGGCUCACUGAAACGCUAGCAGAGGCGGAUAGCGAAACACCUCGCGACACACUAAACAAUGUGGAUGAAGAGGAACUGGUCAAAACGCUGGCUGAGACUCUAGCAUAGGCAAAGGCGACUUGGGGACUCACAACGCGAUGUGGAGGCCGAGGCAGUAAUUGACACGCUGCCAGACACGCCACUAGAAGAAAAGGCUAAAACACUCGGCGACACAAUAGGUGAUGUGAAGGCCCAAAUACUGGCCGACACGCUGGCUGACACCUUACCAAAGGCUAAGGUAAUCUGCGACAAUCUGGUCGUUAUGGAGACCAACGCACUGGUCGACACAAUAGCUUACACGCUAGCAGAAGCAGAUAGACAGACACUUGGCGAUGCGAUGUCGAGGCCGAGGAACUGUAGGACACUCUAACUGACACUCAUAGUAUAGCCGAGGACCUAGGCACUUUGCGACACACUGGUCGAUGUGGAAGUCGAGGCAGUAAUCGACACGCUAGCUGAUUCGCUAGUACUGUUGGAAACUGUCGGAACCUGAGACACUUGGCGGCACACACUGAGAGAUGUGGAGGCCUAGGCACUGGUCUAAAAUGACUGACACUCUAGCAUACGGAAAGACGGAUACACUUAACAACACACUUGACGACGUGGGGGCUAAGGCACUGUUUGAUAUCUUUUCUGAGAAUCUAGCAGAGGCAAAGCUUAAGACACUUGGCGACACACUGGGCGAUGGAGAGUCCGACGCACUGGAAGACACGCUAGCUGCCACGCUAACAGAGUCGCAAGCGGAGACAUUUUCUUACGAACUAAGCGAUAUGGACGCCAAAGCCCUGCUUGACAGGCCAGCUGACACGUGGGAAGGUCUAGAGGCCAAGACACUUGGAGACACACUGGACGAUGUGGAUGGCAAGACACCGUUUGACACGCUAGCUUACACAAUUGCAGGAGCGGACUCCGGGACACUUUGACCUCACACUACGCAAUGUAAAGGCCAUUUCACUUUUCGACACGAUGGCUGACACCUUAGUAUAGGUUGAGAACGAAACACUUCCCCAAACGCUGAGCGAUGUGGAGGCCUAGGCACUUGGCUGAAACUCUGUCAUCCUGGCUCACACUCUGGCUUUGGCGAAGACCCAGACAUUUGCCAGCAAACUGGGCGAUGUGGAGGCGGAUGCGCUGUUUAACAACCUGGCUGUUACGCGAGAAGAUGCGGAGACCAUGACAGUGACGAAAUCUGCGAAGUGGAAAGUGAGGUACUGGUGGACACGGUGACUGCACGCCUUUAGAAGCAACGACAGAGACUUGUGGUAACACACACUGGGUGAUGUGGAGGCCGAGGCACAAAUCAACACGCUGGAAUUACACUCCUUUAGAAGGAAGGACUGAGACACUUGGUGGACACACUAAGUGAUGUGAAGGCCUAAGUCGGUCGACACGCUAGCUGACACCCUACGAGUGGCGGAGGCCGGAACAUACUGCGACGCAUUGGGUUAUGUGAAGACCGAUGCAGUGGCGGACCUGCUGGCUGACACACUAGCAGAGACGGAGACUAAAGUACUUGGCCAGAACGUGAACGAUGUGGAGGCAGAUGGACGGUUCUACACGCCAGCCGCAAUUUAUUUUAGAAACCAAGGUUAGGCGACUUGCGGCACACUGGUCGAUGCAAAAAACAGAAAUGGAAAGGGAGGCACUUGGCAACACAAUGAGGGAUGUGAAGGACAAGCCACUGGUGGACACGUUGGUCGAAACCCUACCAAAGGCAAAGGCGGAGAAAAUCUCUUGACACACUAUGCGAUGUGGAGGCACAGCCACCGAUUUAGACAGUGGUUGACAUUCUAACAGAGGUGGAUACCGAGGCUCUUGGUAACCCGCUAGGCCAUGAUGAAGCCGAGGCAGGGAACGACACUUUGGCGAACACGCUGGUACAGGCGGAGGCUAAGACCUUUGGCGACACACUGUGUGACACAGUUGUGGUCUAUCUCACUUUCACACUUAUUUAUGGGGGUAUCAUUACUCAUUCCUUUAUUACUUGUAACCUGCACGUUUAGCAGUCUAGUAAAGUCUUUCAGUUAGUGUUUUGAUUUUUUCCUGAAAAGUCCUCAGGGGAAUGAAUAAUUACAGAAUUACAAUUUACAUUUAAAGGACAGGCCCAAGCAUGGGUCAAAUUGCUGGCUAGCACUCUCUCAGAGGCAGAGGCGAAACACACUUUGACACACUGAGCUAAGUGGAGGCUAAGACACUGGCCGAAAACCUGGCAGACAAGGUAGCUGAGUCGGACGCCGAGGUAAAUUGGUUACACACAGGUCGAUGUGGAGGUUGAGGCACUAGUCGACACAAUAGCUAACACUGAGACAUAGCCUGACACCAAGGCACUUGGCGAUGNAGAAUUACAAUUUACAUUUAAAGGACAGGCCCAAGCAUGGGUCAAAUUGCUGGCUAGCACUCUCUCAGAGGCAGAGGCGAAACACACUUUGACACACUGAGCUAAGUGGAGGCUAAGACACUGGCCGAAAACCUGGCAGACAAGGUAGCUGAGUCGGACGCCGAGGUAAAUUGGUUACACACAGGUCGAUGUGGAGGUUGAGGCACUAGUCGACACAAUAGCUAACACUGAGACAUAGCCUGACACCAAGGCACUUGGCGAUGCGGAGGCGGAGGGACUGGGCAACACACUCCGUCAUACGAUAGCUGAUACGGAAGGCAAAACACUUGGUGACACAUUAAGAGCCCUAGAGGCCAGGGCACUGGUCAACGCGCAGGCUGACACCCAAGCGUAGGCGGAGACCAAGGCACUUGGCUAGAAACUUUCCACUGUGGAUUCCGAGACACUAAUCGACACGCUCGUUGACACUCUCAUAGAGACGAAGACCGAGUCACUUAGCUACACAAUCGGCGAUGUAUAGGCCAAGACAUUUAACGACACCCUGUCUGACAAGCUAGCAGAGGUGGACGCCAGGACUCUUGCCGCCAAACUGGGCAAUCUGGAGGCUGACGCACUGGUCGAACGUCUGGCUGACACCCUGCCAGUUACAGAGGCCAAGACACACUGCAACGCACUGGGUUAUGUAAAGACGGAGGCACUGGCCCGCCUUCUGGCUGGCACCGUAGCAGAAGCAGAGGCUGCGAAACUUGGCGACAAAAUGAACAAUGUGGAAGUAGAUGGGCAUGUCUAGAAGGUGGCUUAAACUCUCGCAGAGGCCGAGGCCAGGACGCUUGGCGACAUAACGUGAAUGUGCAGGCCCAAGCACUGAUUGAAACGCUGGCUAAGCUUCUACCAGGUGGUGGAGACCGUGGCGAAACAGUGGGCGAUGUGGAGGCCGAAGCAGUGGUAGACACUUUUCUGAAACCCUAACAAAGGCAAAGUAUAAAAUUCCUCUUGACACACUAUGCAAUGUUGAGGCAGAGGUACAGGUUGACACGGUGGUUGACACGCUAAACAGAGGCUGAGACAGAGGCACUUGGCAACUCACUGGGCAAUGAUAAGGCCGAGGCACAAAACGACACCUUGGCAACCGCGCUGGUACAUAAAGAGUCUCAGACACUUGGCGAAACACUUUGGGACAGUUGUGGUCUAUCUUACUUUUACACUUAUUCCUUUAUUACUUUUAAACUGCACUUUUUCAACCAGUGUUAUGAAUUAUCCCUGAAAAGUUCUCAAGGAAAUGGAUAAUAAAAUUAUUACAAUUUACAUUUACUUUUAAAUUUUAAGGGAUAAGGAACCGCAGAACUGGUCAACAGGGUGUCUGACGGGUUGGUGGGACGCUGAGACACUUAGCGAAACACUGGGAAAUGUGGAGGCCAAGGCACUUUUCUACACGCUGGCUGACACGCUAACGUAAGCGGAGUCCGAGUACUUCGGAACACACUGCGAUGUUUAGGGGGAGGCACUGGUCGAAGCAGAGCCCCAGAGGCAAACGCCGAUAGACACUGCGAUACACUGGUUGAUGUAGAGGCCCAACCACGGGUCGACUUGCUGGCUAGCACCCUUUCAGAGGUGGGGUGCCAAAACACUCUUCGUCAAACUGAGCUAUGUGGAGGCCGCGACACUCGUCGACACCCUGGUUGAUGUGGAUUUGGAGGUACAAUCGACACGCUGGCUGACACGCUGAAAGAUGCGAGCGACAGGACAUUUAACGACACAAUAGGCGAUGAAUAGACCAAAUCAUUAACCAGCACGUUGGCUGACAAACUAGCAGAAGCAGAUGCUGCGAAACUUGGACACACACUAGGCGAUGUAGAGGCUAAGGCACUGGUCGACACGCUUGCUGAUACGCUAGCUUAUUCGGAGACUGAAACACUUAGCGACACACUUGGCGAUAUUAUGGCCGAUGCACUAGUCUUGGCGAUAUGCUAAGUGGUGUGAAGGCCGAGGAACUGGUUGAAACGCUGGCUGACGCAAUGGCGAUUUGGAGGCUGAGACACUUAAAUACACAAUGGGCGAUGUGAAGGCGGAGGCAAUGAUCUACACGCUGGUUGUCAGUCUAUAGAGGCCGACGCCGAUACACAUGGCGACACAUUGGUCAAUGCAGAGACCAAAACACUGGUGGUUACGAUGGCUGGCACGCUAACCAAAGAGGAGUCCGAGACACUUUGCAAGGAACUAAACAAUGUGCAGCUUAUAGCACUAAUUAAAACGCUGCUUGAUAUGCCAGAAGAUGUGGAGGCCAAGACACUUGCCAAAACACUGGGCUGUGUGGAGACAAAGGCAAUCUUUGAUUCUCUGGCUAUCACUAUGGCAGAAGCGUAUACCGAGACACUCAUCAUCAUCGGUCGGCUGCAGAGCAGGCGACUACGAGCUUCCUCCAGCCACAACGAUCCUGUGCCAAAUCAGACAGCUUGCCUGGGCCAAUCAUGUUGUCUGUGUCUCCCAAAAGGUGUUGAAUGUAUCUGAGAAACAGGGUUCGUUGCCUUCCCGGUUUUCUCUUUCCAUGUGGUGGAAUAUACAGUGCGUACUCCUUGCAUGGCUCAUCAUCAGGCAUCCUGAGUACAUGGCCCAAAAACCGCAGUUGGCGGGUUCUGACAUUUUCUACUAGCGGGGCAGUCUGAGUUAAAUCAUAGAUUUUAGCAUUGGACACCCUAUCAAUUCUCUUGAUGUUGAGCAUAAUUCUAUAACAUGAGGUACCAAAGACAUUGACCUCUCUUUCCAUUGCUUUCGACAGGACCCACGACUCACAGCCAUAUAGAAGGACGGUGACACAGGUAGUAUUAAAUAGCUUGAUCUUGGUGGAGAUAGAGAUGUUAGGGCAUCUCCACAGACGUUCGAGCUUCCAAAAAGCUGUCCAUGCAAGCCCUUUCCUUCUUUUGAGAUCCCCACUACUAGAUGCCAUCAUGGAGCCAAGGUAUUUGAAGUCUAGUACUUGGUUGAUUGUACUACCAUAUACAUCUAGUGGAGGCUGUGGACAGCAGUUGAUCGUUAUAUACUCAGUCUUGGGAGCACUGAUGACAAGUCCAAGGUCAGCAGCAGCAUUGGCAGUUCUGGUUAGCUGGGACUGAGCACGAAAGAUGGAGGACUCAAGCAAGGCGAUGUCAUCUGCAAAGUCCAAGUCAUUUAAAACUUUUGCAGGGUACCUACUUGAUUUACGAGGGCAAGUCAGCACUCCAGAGUCACCAUCUGUAGACCUUAGCAGACACCACGCGAUAUCAAGGCCGAGGCACGGGUCGAGACGAUGACUGAAAGUCUAGCAGAGGCAGAAUUCAAGACAGUUAGCGACAUAAUGGUCGAUGUCAAGACCGAGUCGCUGGUCCACACGCUGGCUGACACAGCAGCAGAGUGGGAAGCCGAGACACUUGGCGACAUUGUGGUUGAUGUGGAGACCACGGCACUGGUGGAUACUGUGGCUGACACAAUGUCACAGGCGGAGGCAGAGACCUUUCGUGAAACACGGGGCGAGCUGAAGGUGUAAGCACGGGUUGUCACGCUGGCAGAAUGCUAGCACAGCAGAAAGCCGAGACACUAGGCCACACAGUGUCAUUUGUGGAGGCCAAGGCACUAACCGAGCUGUUAGCUGACACGCUAUCAGAGGCGGAAGUUAAGACACUUAGCGUCAAAGUAAGCGAUGUGUGGGCCAACGCUCUAAUCGACCGGAUGCCUGACACUCUAGUAGAGGUGGAGGCCGAGACACUUACCCGAGACCAGAAGCAGGGGCCGAGAAACAAGGCGAAACAUGGACAAUGUGAAGGCCCAGACACUGGUCGACACGGCCGCUUACAAGCUAGCAGAGGCGGAGGUCUAGACAAUAGGCUACAAACGAAGGCAAGUGGAGUGCGACUCACCAGUCAACACGUUGGCUGACACGAUAGCUGAUUUGGAGGCUGAGACACUUGGCUACACAGUAAGCGAUGUGGAGGCCAAAGCACUCUUCUGCACGCUGGCUGACACUCUAAGAGAAACGGAAGGCGAUACAAAUGGCGUCGAACGUGCAUGCGUAGGCACUAAUUGACACGCUGCCUGACACUCUCCCAUAGGCAUAGACCAAAUCACCUGGCGACAAACCGUGCGAUGUGGAGGCCAAGGCGCUGUGCAACACGGUGACUUACACGCAAGCAGAAGCACAAGCUAAGACACUAGGCAACACAUGGGCAAUAUGAAGGCCGAGGCUCUGAUCGACACGCUGGCUGACACGCUAACAAAGUCGAAGGCCGAGACAAUUGGCCACACUCGGCGAUGUGGACGACCGCAGCCCUUGUCGAUACGCUGGCUGACACGUUAGCAGAGGUAGUGACCAAGACACACACUGAUCAAUGUGUUGCCCGAGCCACUGAUGUACACGCUGGCUGAAAGUGCUGUAAUAGUGGUAAUAGUGGUUGUCGCCAAUACACAUGGCGACACACUGGUUGAUGUGGAGAACAAGACACUGAUUUAGACGGUGGUUCACACUUGUAAAAAGGAGGACACCGAUACACUUGUCUAGACACUAGCUGCCAUAGUAGCAGAGGUAAGGACACUUAGCGACACAUAUACGCGAUGUGGACGCCAACGCAUUGGUCGACAGGCUGGCUGCUUGGUAACAGUGGUGGAGGCCAAGACAGACUGACAAUACAGUCGACUCCCGAAAACUCGAACCCUCGCUAACUCGAACUUCGUUCUAAUUCGAACCAAUUUUCGUUUCCCCUAAGGUUAUUUUCGCCAUGUUUUGAGCCCUUACAAAGUCGGGUAAGAAGUCGUCUACUGGCGUCCGAAACAUUGAAUUUUGGAUUUACUAUUAGCGUAUUGUAGGAGUAUAGUUUACUAAUGGAGGCUGAUGUUGAUUGUUACAGGCUAACGUGAAGCAGCUUUUCUUCUCAAAACAGUAAAACGCAUCCUCUAUUUAGGGAAUGUUUUUUACGUUACGUUCUGAUUUAUAAUCUAGAAGUAUCUUUUAAUUUUCACUUGCCAUUUCUACAAUUAAAUGUGAUCAAAAUGUUCACUGUUCAGUAAAAACUGUUUUUUCCUUACUCUCGGCUAUUUUCUUCGAGUUCCCGAUAACUCGAACUUUUUUCGAUUUCCCUUCAAGGUUCGAGUUAUAGGGAGUCGACUGUAUAUCCGAAGAAAAGGCGACACACUAGGUGAUGUGGAGGCCAAAGCACUAGUUGACACACACUGUAAAACCCUAAAAUAAGCGGAUACCCAGACAGUUGUAAGCCACCUUGCGAUGUGGAGACCGAGGCACAGUUGACACGCGGGCUGAAACCUUACCAGGAGCGAAGGCCAGCACACAUUUCGACAAACCGGCCGAUAUGAUCAGUGGCGCAAAACCGAGGCACUUGGCGAAGAAUUGGGCGAUGCAGAGACCAAGACGCCGCUCCACACGCUCGUUGGCAGGUUAACAGAGGCCAAAGCCAAGACAUUUGGUCACAGAUUACGCGAUAAGGAGGUCGAGAAACUGAUCGGCACGAUGUCUGGCACGAUAGCAGAUGCGAAGGUCAAACACUUGGCGAAAAUCUGGUGGACGUGUAGGCCAAGGCACUGAUUUACAGAAAAGGUGGCACGCUAUAAGAGGCAAAGGCAAAUACACAUGGCUACACACUAGACGAUUUAAUGGCAGGAAGAACAGGUCGACAAGUUGCCUGACACGCUAGCAGCGGCGCAGACAAGACACUUCCCCUAUACACUAGGCGAUGUAAAUUAUAAAACCGUUAUCGACACGCUUGCCCAUCCUCCAGGAGAGGCGAAGACCGAAACAAACCUCUAUCCAUUAGGCCUUGUAAACUGGACGGUGUGGAGGGAAAUUAUUGCCUCAGCUGAGGCAGAGGCCAGAACACUAGGCGAAACACUGUCCUAUGAAGAGGCCGAGGCACUAAUCGAAACUCUGUGUGACACGCUCGCAUACCAGAAGGCCGAGACUCUAGGCGAUAAACCGGGAGAUGUGGAGGCCGAAGCACUAGUCGACACGGUAACUUGCACGCUAGUAACAGCAGAGGCUGAGACACUAGGCGACACAUCGGCAAUGUGGACGCCGAGACACUAAUCGAGACGCUGUCUGACACUGUAACAAAGUCGGAGGCCAAGACACUUUGCGACAAACUGGUCUAUGUGUAGGCCAAGGCCCUCAUCUACACGCCGCGUGACAGUAUAAAAAAGCCCGAAGUCGAUGCAUGUGGCAAUUUACUGGUAGACACUGGCAAAGUCACUGGUGGACACGCUGGCUGACAUAGUAGCACUAACGGAGGUAAGGACACUCAGCUACUCACUUAGGGAUGUGGAGGUCGAGGCACUGGUAAACACGCUCGCUUUCACGGUAGCAAAGAGGGAAGCCGGGACUUAUCAUCGCAAAUCACUAGUCGACGUGGAGGCCGAGGCACUCAUCUUCACGAUGGGUGACACUCUAGAAGAGGCAAAAGUUUAGACACUUGGCGAAACACUGGGCAUUGUAAAGGUCGAGGCACUAAUCUACACGUUGCCGGGCUGACUCGCUAACAGAGGCGGAGGAUAAGAUACUUGGCCGCAGACUAGGCGAUGUGGAGGCUGAAGCACAAAUCGACAAAAAAGCUGUGACUGUCGAAGAGGCAAAGACCGAGACACACUGUGAUUCAUUAUCCAGUGCAAAUAUGUAGGCACUAAAAGAUAGACUGUAAGAAGGCAAGGAAGUUAGUUAACACUGACACGCUGACACACUACCUAAGGUGGAGAUCAAGACACUGGGCGAUCCACUAACCCAAUUGUAAGCCGAGGCACUAAUCAACGGGCCGGCUGACAUCCCACAAGAGGCCGUGGCUUUGACAUUAGGCAACACCGUUGUUUUUCUGAAGGCCGACAUGCUGCCUGAAACCCUAGAAGAAAUAGAUGCCAAGACACACUGCAACACACUGGGAGAUGCGGACACACAGUUUAUGUAGGAGUUGGGGCACUGGUCCAUACGCAGGCUGACACCCUAUAAGAAGCAAAGCCGAAGACCUUUCAGACUCUCUGGGAUGAAGAAGCCGAAGCACUGGUCGACACCCUGGCUAACACUCUACCACAGGCUAAGGUCGAUUAACACUGCCACACCCCAAGAGAUGUGGGGUCCGAGGCACUAAUCGAGAAGCUGACUGACAUGCAAGCAAAGGCGAAAGCCGCGACAUUUAGCGACACACUGUCCGAUGUGGAGGACGAGGCACUAAUCGACACACUUGCUGACAUGUACCGCUAGCGGAGGCCCGAGAUAAAUCACGUCACAUUGGGUGAUGUGUAGGCACAAGCACUCUUUAACACGCUGGCAGACACCCUACCAAAGACGGAGGAAGAGACACAUUGCAACAAACAGAGCAAAGUGAGGGUCGAGGCACUGGUCGAAACGCUGGCUUUAAAGCGAGAAGAGUCGGAGGCCAAGAUAUUUCGCGACAAACUGGUCAAUAUAGAGACGGAGGCACUCGUCGACACGGUGGCUGGCACACAAGCAUAUGCAAAUGCGCUGGUGUAGACGCCUUCUGUUACAAUGAUUGAUUUGGAGGCUUAGACACUUUUCUACAAAACGGGCGAUGUGGAAGCCCAGGCACUCUUCUACACGCUAGCUGAAACUGUAACACAUAGCAACUCUCUGGCAAAUGUGAAGACCGAUGCAAUGGUGGACACGCUAGCUGCCACGCUAAGCAAGGAAGUGAUUCAGAUACUUUGCAACGAGAAAUGAUUGCGAUUUCAGAGACAUUUUGGCCAGCUACUGAGAGAUGUUAACGCCUAAGCACUGGUAGACACGCCGGCUGACACUAGCAUAAGCACUUUGUGAGACAAUGUGUGAUGUGGAGGGCAAGGCUUCGUUUGAGACGCUGGCUAACACUCUACCAGAGACACAGACCAAGGCAAUUGGCGAGACAUUUGUCGAUGUGGAGGCGGAGGCACUGAAAAACAUUUUGGCUGGCAAUAUGGGCUGAGAGGCAUGGCGACAUACUUGCUGAUAUGUAGGCUAAAGCACCAGUCGACAACCUUUCGAAAACCCUACAAUAAGCGAAUAUCCAGGCACUUGACAGCACACUCUGCGAUGCGGAGACGAGAAAGUCUACAAGAAGCAGAGGGCAAGACAGCUCUCGACACACUAGGUGACACGAAGGCAGAGGCACUAAAGGAAAUGCUGGCAAACACUCUACCGGAGGCGAAAUCGAAGACACUUGACGACAUACUCAGCGAUGUGGAGGCAAACGCACAGAUAGACACGCUAGCUGGCACAAACAUGUGGAGGUGGAGGUACUGCUCUAGACGCUGGCUUUUACCCUGGUAGACGCAGAGACUAACAAAGUUAACAGCACAUUAGGCGAUGUCGAGGCCAAGGCUGUUGUUGAAAAGUUGUCUAACGCGCUACCAAAGGUGACGGCCCGGACACUUGGCGACACACUGGGUGAUGUGGAGGCUCAUGCACUGAUUGACAAGCUGACUGACACCCUACCAUAAGCCGAGACUGAGACACUUGGCAAAAUACUGAGCAAUGUUGAGGCCGAAGAAGUGUAGAAGACUUUGGCUUACACUCUGGCAUAGACAAAGAGCCAGGAUCUUGGCGACACAGUGGCCGACGUAGAGAUAGAGGCACUAAUCGACACGCUAGCUAACUUGCUAGCACUGUUGGAGGCUAAGACACUUGUCGAAACACUGACAGACGUGCAGGCCUUUGAGACAGGUCGACACUAAUUGACGCUCUUGAAAAGGCAAAGGCGGAUAAACUUGGUGAUGUACAGGCCAAGGCAAGUGUCUACACGCUGUCCAAUAAUGAAGUAGAGGCAAAGUUUGAGACACUUGGCGACACACCUGGUGAUGUGGAGACCAUGGCACUGGCAGCCAUUCUUGCUGUCACACUAAGAGAGUCGGUAGCCGCGACACGUGGCCACGAACGCCAAAGCACUGAGUCACAUGCUGGUUGAUAUGCGGAAGGGUCCGGAGACCAAGACACUUGGAGACAAGCUGGAAGAUGUGGAGGAGAAGACACUUUUUGACACUCUAGCUGACACGANAGGGCAAGACAGCUCUCGACACACUAGGUGACACGAAGGCAGAGGCACUAAAGGAAAUGCUGGCAAACACUCUACCGGAGGCGAAAUCGAAGACACUUGACGACAUACUCAGCGAUGUGGAGGCAAACGCACAGAUAGACACGCUAGCUGGCACAAACAUGUGGAGGUGGAGGUACUGCUCUAGACGCUGGCUUUUACCCUGGUAGACGCAGAGACUAACAAAGUUAACAGCACAUUAGGCGAUGUCGAGGCCAAGGCUGUUGUUGAAAAGUUGUCUAACGCGCUACCAAAGGUGACGGCCCGGACACUUGGCGACACACUGGGUGAUGUGGAGGCUCAUGCACUGAUUGACAAGCUGACUGACACCCUACCAUAAGCCGAGACUGAGACACUUGGCAAAAUACUGAGCAAUGUUGAGGCCGAAGAAGUGUAGAAGACUUUGGCUUACACUCUGGCAUAGACAAAGAGCCAGGAUCUUGGCGACACAGUGGCCGACGUAGAGAUAGAGGCACUAAUCGACACGCUAGCUAACUUGCUAGCACUGUUGGAGGCUAAGACACUUGUCGAAACACUGACAGACGUGCAGGCCUUUGAGACAGGUCGACACUAAUUGACGCUCUUGAAAAGGCAAAGGCGGAUAAACUUGGUGAUGUACAGGCCAAGGCAAGUGUCUACACGCUGUCCAAUAAUGAAGUAGAGGCAAAGUUUGAGACACUUGGCGACACACCUGGUGAUGUGGAGACCAUGGCACUGGCAGCCAUUCUUGCUGUCACACUAA